AUUUUCUUUAUUUCAAUGCUUUCUGGCAACACUGCCUUGCACAUCACCGGAGUUUGUUAUUGUUUACCAACCGUGCUGCACCAUCUUUACAUAACUGUCAAACGCCGAACAUGCUGCGAUCAAAUCACCGGCUUCCACUAAUUUUACAACGAUUUCGUCAUGCAAAAACUCAUUGGUCUGAGCUGAAAAAGAAACAGUUUCCCAAAGACCGGGCGCUAGAAAACUUUGACGAUUUCUACGGUUCCGUGUUCGGUACGCGAUGGAAAAGCAUACGGAUUGCGCUCCAGUGCGAACACAAGUACGUUGCGCUGGUGAACCAGUUCGGAGACACGGAAGAAACGAUCCAGCAGCUACAGUCGGACGGUGCCAUCAGUUUGCGUGAUAUUUAUCUUGCACGGAAAAAGGACUUGGCGGAUGGCGGAGAUGGAACUCGGGAACCGCUUGACGGUGGCAAAGUGUUCCAGGUGGAGGAACGUGUAGCAGCAUUCCGGGACACCCGAAAGCAAUCGGAAAGGGAUCAUCUUUAUCGUGCCGAUCCUACAGCUGCCCUGUCGAACAUCGAUGGCGCUCAAUCUCCUUCUGUUGGGCAGCCAGUUGAGCAGAAUGUGGUGGAUUACAAAAAAUCGCUCGAUAAAAGCUUGAAGGAUGAUUCGGAACUAGACUACCAACGGUUGGUUGACCCAGCCGUCGGGACAGCGGCAGCAUUGCACGAGUUUGUUCCAGCGUCGAAGCUGAAGGGCAUGGAAGAUUACGUAUUCGAAUCGGACCAUUACAAAUACUACAGUAACAGCACCGACUUUCCACUUAAAAUUGAAAUGGAAGAAUCUUUCGGCAUUCCCGAACAGUUGCACCUGUACACGUACGAACGGGCGAACGUUUCGACCUUCCGAAGUCCUCGCAAAUGUACCACCGGAGUGUUAUCUCAUUUCCUCUUCGAUGGUGCAUCCUGCUUACCGCCCCUAGUGCUCGAUGUUCAACCGGGUGACCGGGUGCUGGAUGCAUGUGCUGCCCCGGGUGGUAAAUCGUUGCUGCUACUGCAAACCCUUCUACCCGGUACGAUGGUAAUGAACGAUUCGCACGAAAGUCGCUGCAAUCGAAUUCGGCAGCUAAUGCGCCAGUAUUUGUAUGAUUUCGAUGAAAAGUGGAAAAAGAAACGUUGCUUCAUCACGCAGGGUGAUGCACGCAACCUGCAAGAGUAUUCGAUGUACGAUCGGGUACUGGUGGACGUUCCGUGCACCAAUGAUCGCCACUCGGUGAUGGAGAACGACAAUAAUAUGUUCAAACCGUCACGAGUUAAAGAGCGUUUGCGGAUACCUGAGGUGCAGGCGAGCAUAUUGAGCAAUUGUUUGAAAUUGUUGCGGCCCGGAGGUACUUUGGUGUACUCUACGUGCAGCUUAAGUCCGGUACAGAACGACGGUGUCGUACAUAUGGCGCUAAGCAACGUUUUUAGUGACGCAGGAUUGACGGUAACAAUCAAGGACCUGAGUCUUACGAUGCAACCACUGAAGGAUAUCUUCAAAUUCGCCAACCCUGCAACACUUAAGUACGGUCAGCUAGUGCUCCCCUUCCUACCGGCCAACUUUGGACCGAUGUACAUCUGCAAAAUGGUUCGGAAUGAGUAGCGUGAUGUUGUAUGCGAACGAAAAACGAAUUUAUUCGCUAACUUCUAUAGUAAAUGAAGAUUUAUGUUUUAA